UGAAAAGCAAGAAGAAAAACAAGAACAAAUAUGAAAAUGAAAACGAGAACGCAAAGAGAAACGAAGGGAACGAAAGAAGAAAGAAGAAGAAAACAUAAAAAGAGAGAAUGAAAGAAAAUAAGAAGAGUACAUUCUAUUUACGUCUUCCAAUAUCAGAACGUCCUUUUCCCCCCCUCCCCCUUCUGUAUAUCCAUCAUUUUCGAAGUAACUUUUAGAAUUUUUCUCCUAUCAAAUUCUCCAGUUCUCUUCCUCUCUGUUAUCUCGAGUAACGAUCGUCGUUAUAUCUCAAGCGAUUGGAGUGCCUUGCGUCAGAUGGGUCCAAAUCGGUCGAUCGGGCAGUGAUUUCAUGUGUUCAUAGGCUUAAGACAAGUUACGCGUAAAAAAAAAAAAAUAAAAAAAAAGAAAAAUUCAAUCAAGACGAAUUAUGUGAGCUCGCUUAUAGAAUGAGAAUAUAUUAAAAUGGAAUGAGUCGAUAUAGCGAUGAUAAUAAUAAUUAUGAUUAUGAUCGCGACAAUUAUGACGAUAAUGAUGAUGAUGAUGAUGAUGAUGAUGAUGAUAAUGAUAAUGAUGAUGAUGAUAAUGAUGAUAAUGAUAAUGAUGCUGAUUAUGAUGAUAAUGAUGAUGAUGAUAAUGAUGAAUUCAUAAUUCACCAUUAGAGAAGAUUCUAAUUAUCACACGGAUUAAAUCAAUAACUUUUCGUUAUUACGUCUCUAGUUCUUGUCGUUGUAAGUAGUAGCUUCUUUUUUUCGUCUUUAUUAGUUUUCUUAAACCUUUUUCUUCGUCUUCCUCUUCCUCUUUUUCUGUCCCUUUUCUUCAUUUACAUCCUCUUCUUCUUCUCUUUUUUGUUCUUCGUUGGCGCAGGACGUCAUAAUAUUCUUUUCCGCCCUCUCCCCCCCCCUCUAAAUAAAUCUAUUUCCAUAAUCUAAGGUACCUUGAAAAAAAGGACCUCCGACCUCUCUUUGGCUCUUUGGACCUACCCCAACAACCACCUCGGUGAUCAUCGGUAAUAAUGAAAGGAAUUAUGUAUCUACUUGCUCUUUCUCUUUUUUUCUAUGUCUCUUUCUCUCUUUUCCUCUUUUUCUCUCUUUCUCGCUUGACGAAGAGCAACGAAGGACUUCCUUUUUUUAAACAAACGACAAAUGAAACAUCACUGUAUAUAUAUAUAUAUAUAUACACACAUAUAUAUAUAUGUAUAUAUAUAUAUAUGGAAGCAAACUCUUUGAUCGUCUUCGUCGCCGGAAAUGCAAAAUUUUAAGGACAACUUUAUAUAUAAACGCCAAAGAUAGAAUUGUAAAUCAUAUACAAAAUUAUCAAUAUAUCUACGACGAAAACGACGACACGGAACAACGUUAGAGUCAAGAAAGAAAUUUUAUGGGAAGAAAAAACUAAAAAAAAAAAAAACUAAAAAAAAAAAAAAUAAAAAAAAAAAAAGAAAAGAAAAGAAAAGAAAAGGAAAAAAAAAGAGAAAAGAAAAGGUACAUCGGACACGAAUAAUUUAUCAAUAUAAUGAUCUCUAGGAACGAGUUAAAUUUAAAAUAAGAUUUCGAUGAUUUACUACGUGAUAAUCUUAAUAAAAUAUCCACGAUGGAUGUUAAAUUGAGUUGAGAGAAAAAAAUGAAAAAAGAAAAAGGAAAAAGAAAAAUACAAAUAAACGGAGACACAGACACAGACAGAAGUAGAUUCACACGUACACGCGCGCGCAAAUAACGAAAAGGAUAGAAAAAAGAAAAAAGGAGACGUUGGGAACACACUAGUCCGUAAUCCUAGUUUCUCUUUGUCCUGCUAACCGAGAUCACUCGAGGUGUAGAAAGAAAAUGAAAGAAAAUUUGGCCUGUAUCGUUUUCUCAUCGUCGCUUUCUCGUCCAUCGUAUUAUGUUUGUAGAAUAAUCGAUGAAACGAGGAGUGGAACGGGACGAUAGAGAUACGAAAUAUUAGAUGAAGAUUAGAGGGGUGGUGCAUGAGCUCCCAUUGAAUCAGCCAGAAUACGUGAAUGGCCAGCACAAAAAGCGAAUGAACGCAAUGUGAUACUAAAUGAUAAUAAGAAUAAAAAUAUAAUUAUUCUGUAGCGUGCGACUACUCGGGACACGAAGCGUAUCAUUUGAAAUGGAAAAUGUAUAAUAGAAAGGAAAAGAGCGAGCGAACGAGCGAGAGAGAGAGAGAGAGAGAGAGCGAGAGAGAGAGAGAGAUAUUCGUAUCCCUAGAGUCGCCUUGAAUAAUAUAAGCAGCUAGCCUAUGUCAACCUCUCCCUCUCUAUCCCACGAACCUACCCAUCCUUAAAUUUUUCCCAGAUUUUCGAGCCGUAGACGGACUAGGGUUACGCAAUAAAGAUUAUUUUAACGUAUAAUUAAUUAUGCUUAUUUUGUGUAUGUAUUAUACACGUAUACCCACGAAGCUGGGUGCUCAGAUAUCCCUUAAGAGGCAACGAAUGUAUUGUUAUUAUUAUAUAAUAUCUCCUUUCAAAGUAAUCUCUCUCCUUCGGUGAUUGAAUAUCAUUUUUAAACAUAAACAUAUUCAAAGUAAACAAUAAUCUCGAUAUUUUCUUUAUCGCGAAUUCGGAGAAGUAUUAUGUAUAUUCUAAAAGAUCUUGUUAUUGUUAUUGUUAUUUUAUCGACCAAAUCCGUCCUGGAAGGAUCAAAAAAAAAAAAGAAAAAAAAAGAAAAAAAAAAAAUAAAAAACAAAGGAAAAAGAGAAAAGAUUCAGUACCUUUGACGUCUCUCACGGGUAAAUCUGGGCGAAGUUUCAUAGCUGUUAAGCAUUUUCCGAGCGGCGAGCGUCCUCUGCGUGCUUUCUUAGUGUUCAUAGUCUUUUACGAUGAGAUAUAAAUUAAUUCCGAAAGGGGAAAAAAUAUGUAAAAAUGAAAAGAUAAAACAGAAGCGAGCGAAAAGAAUACGUUCUUUGUUCUUCUUGAGUAUAUUGUAUUUUCUUGAUGAUCCUUAUAUACUCCGAUAUCCCUGAUAUAUAUAUAUAUAUAUCCCAUAUCAAAUUUUAUGGAAAUUUGUUCUGUUUUUUUUUUUUUUUUUUUUUUUUACCUAUGUAAGACAACGCUUCCAGAAUAAAAAUUCCAAACGUAACGAAAGAUAAGCGGAGGAAAGGGAGUGAGCUGAGGGACAGACAGUGUUAAACUAACGGUUCAAAGAGUCUUGACUUUUGAAGAAAAAGAAAACAUACACGAAACCCGUUAUCGGUUGGGCUACGUUCCAGCUGGGCAACCUACGUAAAUGCGUCCCGAAGCAUUCCGUUGGUAGCCGUGUCGAUUGCAUAAUUACGGGACGAUAAAUAAGACGCAGGUUUUCUCGUUUUGUAAGUUCCUCUCAAGAUCGGUCACGCUCCUGCCACCUACCUACCAGUUUCCUUCGCGAACGUAAAUAUCCAACGAGCAUGUAAGGUCGAGGUUGUUCAAACCGGCUUCGUGAAUGGUUACAGGAAGAAUAACGCCUCCUUGAAGCACGCUUCGCGCUAUAAUACUGCAUUCUGCAUCGCGUGCCAGUGUCAUACCUUCGGGCUUGCGCGUUAAUACGAUACAUCCGAUUCGAUAUAGGCACGCUUUCUCCGCUCGACGAUCAUUUAAAUGACCCUUGGUAGUAUCAAUACACCUGAACCUGUUAUUGGUUAAAAUCAUCAGACAAAAUCGUUUUGAUACCUUUUUUUUUUUUCUUUUGAUCCUUGAGCAAAGAAAAAAAAAAAAAAGAAAAGAAGAAAAAAGAAUAAAGAAAAUUGAUCGAAUUAAAGGAAAUACAAAUUUACAAGAGCGUGACUCGAUUAAAUUAUUAAAUAUGAUGAAUUUAUUAAACGAUUAAAUUCAACGAUUAGUCGUAAUAUUAUUUAAUUGGUACUUACUAAUCGUAAUGAUAAGAUCAACGAUAUUUAAUGUAGAAAAAUCUAAAAUUACUAUAGAAACUGGUAUAAUAAAUAAUUCUUAUAUUGGAUCAGUUAUUCAUAUAAUAUUUCGCUCAUGUUUCUCUUAUCGGUUCAUCUUAUUUAUGUUCAUCUUAUUUAACCAGGAUGUUUAUAACGAAUCAAUUGGUCAAUCAAGUCAGAAUAAAUCACUUUCCUUAAUCAAUCCGUCCGAUCAGCUAUCUUCUUAAAUAUGUCCGACACGUCUUUGGAACCAGUCUUCCUUAUCGAUAAACCCGGCCAAUGGCCUGGACAGUCCACGCAUCGUACAUGAGGUUCGGGAUUCUGCUCUCGAUCAAACGGACGUUGGCUUGGAACCGUUGGAAGAUAGAAAUUCAUGAAAUCGAAUCGUUGUGCCGAGCGUGAGCACGGAAAGUACCGUUGUCGAAGGAAUUGCAUAAUGGAGCUUGCGUUUCUUGUUUUUCGUUGGAAGUGCAGACAUCGAGUUAGCUGAUAUUUAUUGGCAGGAGAUCCGUACCGACGUCAUUGACCAAUAACCGACUCUCGUGUCUCUUCGGUUUUCUCGUCUCGUUGACUGACCAGAGUUUCUCGGAGUUCUUGAAGAGUACCGUAAGAACGUCAAUACGUUGGUAAGGGUAAAGAGGGGAUAUAGACGCCCGGUCAACGCUCCUGCAUUCUACCUCCUUAAUGUAUAUAAAGAAGAAGCAUCGUACGGAUUUCAAGGCAGAUACCAAGAACAACAUGUACGGCAAGGUGGUUUUGACUCUCGCGACAAUUCUGGCAUUGACCAGUGCCCAGAUACCAAGUCUGGGUUGGUGUCCAGAAUACGUACCAAUGGCUAACUUCGACAUGAACAGGUUUUUGGGAGUCUGGUAUGAAGCGGAAAGAUAUUUCCAAUUAGCUGAAGUGGUUUCACGUUGCGUCAUGUCGAAUUAUACGAGAAGUCCUGAUGGCAAGUUACGUGUGAGCAAUGAAGUUACGAACAGAAUUACAGGAAUCAAGAGAAUAUUGGAAGGUGAAAUUAAAAAGGCAGCUUCGAAAGCGGAGGAAGGAAAAUUAUACGUGAAAUAUACGGCAGUACCUCUAACUCCAGAGACACAUUAUUCAGUGUUAGAAACUGAUUAUGAUAACUAUGCCGUGCUGUGGAGCUGUUCUGGUAUUGGUCCGAUCCACGCCCAAAAUGCUUGGGUCAUGACCAGAGAGAGAAUCGCACCUGGAUCGAUACUUCAAAAGGCUUAUGGCGUUUUGGACAAAUACAAGAUUUCCAAAGCGUUCUUCGUGAAAACGAAUCAAGAGGAUUGCGCUUAUCUCGCACCUACUACGGCUAUUGAGACUAGUACUGCAGCAGUAGCUGAGGCACAGGAAACAAAGAAAGAGCACGUGCGAAAUGUGUUUGGUCAAUUGUCAGAAUCAGAAGUACCGAUCAAAGAAGAAUCGAUCGAAAAGGAAAAGAUAUCACAAAAGAUAGAAACCGUACCGGAAAGAAUUCUUAAAGUCGCGGAUUUAGUCAAUGAAGAUAAGCUAUCGGAAAAGUCAACGAAGGAAGAAAAUUUGGAAAAGAAGACGAAUUUAAAAAAAGUCGAUGAAAAAUUAAAGAAGAAAGAGGAAAUUACGGAAAUCACGAAUGAAUCAAAGAAAACGAGUUCGUAAAGAGUUCCAUCGAUCUUCUUAAUCUCGUAUUAGAGAAGGAAAACGAAGACGAGAGAGAAUUAUGAAUUAUGCUUUACGAUACGCGAUCAAUUUGGAACUUUUUUAAUCAGUCUCGAUUAGCGGUUAUUCUAUUUGAAAAAAAAAAGAAAAGAAAAAAAAAAGAAAGGAAAAAAAGAAAAGAUGUCAGUCUCGUCUAGUUCAUCAAAAUCGUUCGUUAUCUAUUAUAUAAGUAUCGAUAAGGAAUCGAAAGGUAGAAGAUUAAAGCUUAAGGGGCAUUUACAAAUGUAACGAAAAAAAAAAAAAGAAAGAGAAAAAAGACCCAAGUCGAAUAAAUUGUUACAUAAAAUACGUUUUCUCAAAAA